AAGUUUCGUUUUCAGUGGAGAUUUACAACAGCAUUCGAUAAUAUUGAUUUAUGUUGAUUGAACUUUGACUCGAUGUAUGAUGUACGAAUGUGCGUGUGAAUGGUGGCGGAUGGGCCAUUACUAAUCCUUAUGCAUUAUACGUAAUUAUUUGCAACUUGUUGAACACUGAACCAGUUCGCAUGAUAAGAUUAACAAUUUUAUCAUCGCGAACUCAAGUCAACGGUCAGUACCUUAAGAAGUUUUGUGCGGUGCAGGUGUGUCGGUAAUGAGAGUUAACUUUGUGUCAAAAUCUUUCAUACUAUUGAGCAGUCUUUGAAGGCUAAUGAGCGCGGCUAAUCGCAUUAAUGUUAAGGUACACCAGGGCACCGUAUCUGGUGUCCGGGAGAAACUGCCCAAUGGAAACGAAUCAUUUGCAUUUCGCGGAAUUCCGUACGCUAAGCCACCCGUCGGAGAGUUGCGCUUUAAGGCUCCGCAGCCUUUAGAUAAAUUCCAGUAUCCUAUACUGGAUUGUAGCUUUGAACGAGAUGUGUGCUUCAGUAGGAAUAUGUUCACGCAAGAAAUAGAAGGGUCGGAGGACUGUCUUUACCUCAAUGUGUAUUCACCGAAGAUAGGAAGUGACGAUAAGGCACUUCCAGUGAUGGUUUUCAUCCAUGGAGGGGCAUUUAUGUUUGGCAGUGGUAAUAGCGAUUGUUACUCACCGGAAUACUUAGUACAAGAAGAUGUUGUAGCAGUAACGUUGAACUAUCGCCUCGGUACACUAGGAUUUACAUACCUUCCAAGUCAAGGUAUUGAAGGAAAUUCUGGAUUGAAAGAUCAACUGAUGGCUUUAAAAUGGGUAAAACAAAAUAUUGCAAAGUUUGGUGGUGAUCCAAACAAUGUAACGAUGUUCGGGGAAAGUGCAGGAGCAGCUUCGGUACAUUUGCACUUGCUAUCACCUAAUUCUAGACAAUAUUUUCACAAGGCCAUCUGUCAGAGUGGUUGCAGUAUUAUGGAAUGGGUUAUGCAACGUGAUCCAGAGUAUAAGGCUAGGACAUUGGCCAAGUUGAUAGGAUGCAAAGGACAGUCUGACGAAGAGGUAUAUGAAACGUUGAUGACAUCCUCUACUGCAGAUGUCGUUGGCCGGAUGGUAAGCGUUUUGACUGACGAUGAAAAGAUUCGUGGUUUGCCCAUGCCUUUUAAGCCGGUUGUAGAGAGCGAGUCUGCUACGGAUGCAAUUGUAACGAAAGCGCCAAUUGACGUUAUGAAGACUCCGAAUGCCAUUCCAAAUAUCCCGGUGAUGAUGGGGGUAAAUAACAGGGAAGGCACAAUAAUGUUGCUGGAUGGCAUUAAAAAGCUUGAGCUUUAUGAAAACGACAUGGCUCGAUUGAUACCUAGGACCGUGAACGUUAAUCCUGGCACCGUGGCGAGUAACGAGCUGGGAGAGGAAAUCAAGAAAUUUUACUUUGGUAAUCAACCGAUUACCACAAAGAUGCUUCCACAGUUGGCAGAUUUAAUGAGCGAUUACCACUUUUCAAUCUUGGCUAACGUUUGCUGUGAGCUGCACUCUCGGUAUCAACAUCAGUCACCGCUUUACUACUACAACUUUAGCUUCGAUGGAAUGUUGAACAUGUACAAAAGACUGCUGAAUUUGAAGGUUCCCGGAGCGUGCCAUGCUGACGAAUUAUCAUAUCAAUUUCUAUUUCGGAUGGCUCCAGUCGAGGUAGAACCUGAGUCCCCGGAGGCUCGUGUGCGCUACUACAUGUGUCGCAUGUGGACCAACUUUGCCAAGUAUGGGAACCCGACUCCCCCGGAGGACAGCACGCUUCCUUAUCGGUGGGAUCCGGUUGGGAAGAUUGCGGCCGAAUCGAAAGAGGAUUUCCAACUAAAUUGUUUGGAUAUCACCGAGGAACCGAAAAUGAUCACGAAUCCGGAUAAGCAUAGGAUGGACUUUUGGCGAUCGGUCUACAGGCGUUUUAACGAGGGAAUGUUGAAAGUGAAAUUGUAAUCAUCCGGUUCUGGAAAUGUAUAGGUAUUUUUGAAGUUUAUAAGUAAAAUUGAUAUUAAAAUA